GGGUGAGAAGCGUUAAUUGGCCAAAUAACGUCACGAGGCAAUGGCUAACGAACCAAACAAAUAUAUAAAAUACGUGUUUCUCAGACGGCUUUCUCCAUACACAUUUCUCUGCUCUUAGCCUCUUACCUUCUAUCAUUCUCUGCAUCACUGCGUCUCAGGUUGUUUCUGUAACGUCUUUACCGCCAAAUCGAGUUCGUUCUGGUUUCUCGCCCGAUAUUUGUCUAGCGAAUCUGACAAGUACCUGAAGAUCAAAACAAUGGUUUCCUUCGAAAUGAAUGAUCGGAAAAAGAUCGGACUGGGAUUGACGGGGUUCGGCAUUCUGUUCACCUUUCUUGGAGUUAUAUUUUUCUUUGACAAGGGAUUGCUUGCGAUGGGGAAUAUCCUAUUCUUCUCUGGUGUGGCUCUAACUAUUGGAUUGAAGUCUUCCAUGCAAUUUUUCAUGAAACGUCAAAACUACAAGGGAACUAUAUCUUUUGGUGUCGGGUUCUUCCUUGUUGUAAUAGGAUGGCCGAUUCUGGGCAUGAUUUUGGAAUCAUAUGGAUUUAUUGUUCUCUUCAGUGGCUUCUGGCCAACACUGUCUGUUUUUCUGCAAAGGAUUCCAAUUCUUGGUUGGGUGUUUCAACAGCCAUUUAUCAGAUCGCUUUUUGACCGGUAUCGAGGGAAAAGGGUCCCCGUAUAAUGCAGAUGUCAAAAGGAAGUGAGACGACUGUGACCAGCACACUUUGAAUGUCCAUGUAAAAUACUGUUGGAGGAAGAGCUAUAAUUUUUUGAUGUUGUUCUGUCGAGGAAAGUACAUAAGAAUUUGUUUCAUAAUGACCUUUUGUCAAAACCUCAGAAAGAAACUAGAAAUGAUUUGAGCUUAGUCUCUAAUAUCCUUCUAUUAUUUCACUUUUCCGAUAGCAUUAGCCAAUGAUGUAUUUCCUCAGAAGUGCGUGAGCAUCCGAUUGCAAAAGACAGCUUCGUGGUCAUGGCAUUCUGUUAGUUUUUAUUUAGACAUUUGCCUUGGUUAUCUUUGUAAUAGGUCCUCAUCAGAUGAGUGUCCAGAGAUCUUGACUGGCCUUGAGUGUCCUGUUUCACUCUUUGUUUCCCUAGUUUUAAGAGGCACAUUUCAAGCUUUCAAAUGAUUUUGUGUUGUGGAUGUUAUUAAAAUAGUGAUGUUAUGGAUGAAGGUGUUCCUGAGUUUUGAGUUAA